CGGUCCGUUGAGAUGCCUUACACUAGAUCCAUCUUACAAGUAAACAUAUAUAGUACACACAGAAAGAACCAAAAUAUAGCAACAUAAAUUGCAGGCCAAGACAAAACCGCCAAGAUUUCAUCUACCUAGCUCGGUCGAUCUCCAUCUCUUUGCUUAUAUAAAUAAGUAUACCGAAAUAGAAAAUGGUAACAAUUCACAUACUGACAUAGUGGAACAUAAGAAAAUCCGUGCGUUUACCCCCGGUGGAGGAGGGCAUGAUCACCCGCUGCAAGACAGUGUUGGAUCUGCAGGCUUUGCCCGAAGGAUGCAUAGCAAACAUCAUCUCAUUCACGACUCCUAGAGAUGCCUGCAGGCUGUCCUCGCUUUCCAGGAUUUUCAUGUCGGCCGCGGAAUCCGACACCAUUUGGUUCAAGUUCAUUCCGCCUGAGAUCCAUUCACCACUAUCUCCUCUCUAUUGCCUUUCCAAAUCCAAGAAGGAGCUUUACCUUGCACUAUGUGAUUCCCCAGCACUCAUUGACGAGGGCAAGAUGAGUUUGUCACUGGACAAGUGGAGUGGGAAGAAAUGUUACAUGAUAUCUGCAAGGAGCCUUCAGAUUAUUUGGUCUGAUACUCCUCAAUAUUGGAGAUGGAUUUCUUUCCCUGACACCAGGUUUGAGGAGGUGGCUGAGCUUCUUGGUGUUUGGUGGCUUGAAAUCAGUGGAAAAAUUGAUAGACGCAUGAUGUCUCCGUCGACUCUGUAUAAAGCUUAUCUUGUCUACAGGUUAACUGCAAUGUCUUAUGGAUUUGAGUGCCAAUCUGUGGAGGUCACAGUUGGAGGAGAAUCUAAUAAGCGGAUUGUGUUUCUGGAAGAUGCGGGGCGGAUAAAGAAGAGAUCGGUAUAUUGGACUCACUUUUUGGGUUUGCAUGCCGCACUGGUACAGGCACAGUCAUCGUCCCAGCCCAGAGAAAUCGAAUUAGCUCGUCAAUAUCCAAAGGAAAGAGCUGACGGCUGGUUGGAGAUCGAACUGGGUGAAUUUUUCUGUGAAGGAGGUGAAGAAGAAGAUGGGGAAUUGGAGAUGACUUGUUCCGAGAUCAACGGUGCUUUCGCCAAGGGUGGCCUCAUUGUUCAAGGGAUUGAGGUCAGACCCAACAGGAUAUAGAUAGAUCUUAAUCUUAUUGCUAAUUAUAAUUAAUCUUGAAUAUAGUGAGAGAAUAUUUGAUGGAGAUGACCGGACGUAGUAUUAACGUUUGCUCUCUUCUGGUUAAAAAUGACAUCAAAGGGCAAAAACCUUUAUUAAAUACAAUGAUGUACCAUAGU